AUGGAUAUCAAGAUGUCGCGUAGCUCAACAGUCAAGCCUGACCGGGUUCGUGAGAUGAACGGUGAGUCAAGUGGAUCUUCAAAGUCUGUGUUGAAAGUAAUUUGGAAGAAGUUAACGAGAGAGAAGAAGAAAUUUUUGAUGAGGUUGUCAUCGAAGCAUGUUCGUGUUUCUUAUGACGAGUAUAACUAUGCCCAGAAUUUUGAUCAAGGUUCGGAAUGGAGAAACGAGAUUGAUAUACUCUCUCGAUCUUUCUCUGUUCAAUACACAAAUCGACCUUCUAUCAUCAUUUAG